AUGGACCAUUUUCGUCAUUUUCGAGUGAUCUGAAAUAAUCCCUUCUCUCGAGGGUAAAGACGUUUAAUCUACACUUCAGAAAAGCUUCAGGCUGUAGUCACGAUGACCCUCUUAGGGAGUUGUGAACGCACAAACUGCAUUCUAGGUUCACAGAUCAAUUAACCCCGAAUUUAUGAAUGAAUUUCCUUCCGUGACCGCAACCCCUUCGAGUCCUUCGCCUAAAAGGUGGGUUCGUACCACAUCUGGGUUUGAAAGAUUCUUUUUGUGGCAUCUGUGUUUCAUUGUGUACGUCUGUGAAGAGUGAAUUUGUAAUUCAAGUGGCGCCAGCUUGACUAUAACUGAAAGGAUCUUAAGUUAUAUUUAACAAUUAGGUAUUUAUAGAUAAAAACUACACGUUCCUGGAAUACGAAUAUCACAUUCAAGAUGAACUCAACAAGAUUGUGUGCCAACUUCUUGCUAGCAAAAUCCACCGACUCUGAAAACUGGGGAUCGACGUAUGAGAUAAUUGUUUGCACAGUCAAUUCCCUCCUCGUUGUCCCGACAGUCUUAUUCAACAUAAUGGUCAUUGUAACCAUCAUAAGGACACCAAACCUACGAAAGCCUUCCUACUUUUUAAUGUGCACUCUGGCAUUUACAGAUUUGGGUGUUGGUGUCAUUGUGCAACCGCUGUACAUACUGCGUAAAGUAUCCGCGUUGCAGAAGGAUUAUAAUUUGUAUUGUAAACUUUUACAGGCCGGAGAUAUCCUGGCGCAUUUGAUCUGCAGUCCGUCAUUCUUUAUUGUCACUGCUACAAGUGUGGAUCGCUAUUUGGCAAUAACUAUGGGGAUCAAAUACAGACAGAUUGUGACUACUUCGAGGAUUAUGCUAACAGGUUUAGCAGCGUUGUGCUUUGCAGCGACCAUUACAUCUAUUCGAAUCGUCGCAAAGAAAGAAAAAUACAUGGCGUUUGCUGCAGUAAUCAUGUUUUUCUGUCUAUUGAUAAUAACGUAUUGUUAUUCAAAAAGCUUAGCAGCGCUCAAAACAUUACAAACUAAAGUCGGUGUAGCCAGCACUAAUCCAAGGCCUCAGGUUAAAAACAAGAGUUUUGAUAUCGCUCAAUACAAGAAAGCGCUUGCCACAAUGGGCAUCAUCACUACAAUAUUAUUUUGCUGCUAUAUUCCAUUCGUUUCAGUGGUGAUUGGAAUCGCAAUAAACGGACGAAGUGCCGUACUGAACAUUGCAAGAGAGAUAACCUUUACACUUCUAUACGUAAACUCGUGCCUGACGCCAAUAAUUUAUGGCUGGCGAAGCAAGGAGCUUAAACAAGCUUGCUUGCAGAUGAUUGUUGGAAUGUGGAAACGAAAUCCGCAAUCGAAUUUAGAAGUGACUGAGAAUGAAAACAUUACUCUGCCGAGUUGAAACGAAAUGAUUGAAUGACAAUUCGUUGCCACUAGUCUACCUCGCAGCCGUUCUUGGUGUCGUCACGCUACGCUUCCUUCACAUUUCGUUGCGCCAUCUUAAAAGGUAGCCGUGCCUUUGCAUUGAAGCGAGAUGAACGGUGAGCUUGCAAUAUGAUAGAUCUUUAAACAUCUUGAACAAUUAUUCACAUGUCUCUAUCAUUGCAAGCUCACCGUUCGUCUCGCUACGAUGCAAAGGCACGGUUACCUUUCAAGAUGGCACAGGGAACUGUGAAGAGGCAAAACCUGUUAGACAUCACGCCAUCCACCCAGGAGUGGUAAACGCAUUAUAUAGAACUAGAAGGAGUACAACAAAUGAUACGAUACAAUAGACUUUAUUAAACCCAGUGAGGCCUCUAACUUACGGCCCUCAACAACUGUGAACUUUGAAAUGAAGCUGUGCAAACGAAGUAUAUAUGAAUUCAAAAGAAAAACACCUAAAACUUAAGAGAAAAUACAAGCUUCGAGAGGGGAAAACAUGCUACAAGUUGAAAGCUGUGUGCGAACGAAGUAAGAAUUCAAAAGUGAAAUGGUAUAUAAGAAUUCAAAAGAAAACACCUAAUACUUAACAGAAAAUAUAAGCUUCGAGAGGGAAAAGCAUGCCACAAGUUCAAAAUAUGGCCGGAAGGGAACAAUAGCUUCUCUAACUUCAAUGAUCUCAAUAUCAACCAUCCGAUGGACAGCUGUUGACAAUACUAACUAUUCCUUAAAGCUGAGAUCAGAAAAAUCUCGGCUUCUAAAAACUAACAACAAAGAAGUUGCAUUAUGUGACGUAAAACCACGAAUUGGGGACAACGUUGGCAACACACACCAUUCCCUUACUCUUUUUUUUUUUAAUGGCCUUAGCGCUCUCUCGAUAUUUAAUGACGGGUUUUGAAGCUGUGUGAGGGUACUUCAGUAGUCUGAAUGAAGAUUAGCGUCGUAGUAAUAGAUUUUAUAGAAAAAAUACUGUACAUCUGGUUGAAUUAGCCUUUCCGAGGUUGAGCUAAAAAAGAAAUGUGUCGAGUUAGCAUUUGAUGCAGUGUAUUGUGGCGCUGUUUUAGGAGAUAUAUUUCCAAGAUGGCGUCUAUUUUGAUCCUCUGGGACAAUCCCACAAUGCACUGCAAUGCCAACUCGACCCAUUUUUUUCUCCUCAAUCUCGAAAUAGCUAAAUAUAGACUUAGAGCUGUUUCCAUGUUUCUGCGAUGUGGUGACUCCUAGACAUUUUGUUUUGUUUUGUUUGUUUUUUCAUCAAAUGUGGUCAACCACAUUAAAACACCUGUACAUAUUCUAAAUAUUCUCCACAUAUGUAUACUGUAUGUUAAACACUGGUGCGGUCAUGGUACUAGAUAAAUUUAGUGAUUUUCCCUUGAAAAGUUUUUGCGUGAACAUGUGCAAAAUACUAAGUAGUUGAUAAUACUGUGCCUACUGCAGUUUUCGCAUGACUGUGAAACGUCGAUGCCGCAUGCGUGCCUUGUUUCAACAUUGGUGUUUUUCUAGAAUUUUAAUAGGCUUAUUUUUUCUCGUGCUAUGUGAUUGGUCUGACAGUACCGUGACUUCAGAGGCGUGACCGUGUCCCCACCGUGUUUUAGGUAUUUGAUUGGAUGGAGAGUCAAUUCUCGUGCAAUGUGAUUGGUCUGGUAGUGCCGUGACUUCAAUGGCGUGACCAUGUCCCCACCGUGUUUUAGGUAUUUGAUUGGAUGGAGAGUCAGUUCUCGUGCAAUGUGAUUGGUCUGGCAGUGCCGUGACUUCAAUGGCGUGACCAUGUCCCCACCGUGUUUUAGGUAUUUGAUUGGAUGGAGAGUCAAUUCGUGCAAUGUGAUUGGCCUGGCAGUGUGGUGACAUUUAGAAACUCGUGUUCGCGCCGCGCGUGUUUAUGUCGUUAACAUUUUUCGGGUAUUUCAUUGAAUGGAGAGUAAAUUUUCGCGCUAUGUGAAUGAGGACAUACCCUGCCGUGUGACGACGGUGUUCGUGCUGCGAGCUUUUCACAGUCAUACGAAAAUUACUCUAUAUACAUAUAUAAAGGGCAAUGUUUAGGGCUCAGCCACUUCAGGACUGAGUUGUAGACUAGAAGGAGUAGAAGUUUGGACAGAUAAAUAAAUUCUAAAGAACAUGCGUAAUAAGUAAAUUACGAGCCUUAGAUGAAACGACUGAAGAAGAGUGCCAUACAAGCCUUUCACAACUUCAAGUCGCGUAAAAAAUGAGCCAGCUCAACUAGAAACUGUGUCCACAAUUUCUAGUUGAGCAGGCUCAUUUUUUACGCGACUUGAAGUUGUGAAAGGCUUGUAUGGCACUCUUCUUCAGUCGUUUCAUCUAAGGCUCGUAAUUUACUUAUUACGCAUGUUCUUAUUUGAUAUCCGAACCCAUCCCACACGGCGCACUGCCACACUUAAAUUCUAAAGAACUAAGUGACCACAUUAAAGGAAUUAUGUUAGCUUUGGAGCUCGUGACCUGGUCUGCUAGAAAAUUUAAAAAAAAUAAAAUCACAUUACGCAUGCUCAUAA